AUGGACAGGAUCAGUGGGCUACCUGAUGAAUUAUUAGUGAAGGUAUUACUGUUUCUUCCAACAAAAGUUGCAGUAUCCACUAGCAUUUUGUCGAAACGAUGGGAGCGUGUUUGGAUGUGGUUGCCAAAAAUUAAGUUCACAGACAGAGAUUAUUCAGAGUCUGAGUGCAAUAGGUUACGGUGUUUUCUUGACAGGAAUCUACCCUUACAUAAAGCUCUCGUUAUAGAGACCUUGCGGCUCAAGUUUAGUAAAUUACAUUGUAAACCUGAAGAUAUCAAACUGUGGGUUGUAAUUGCAGUUUCUCUAUACUUACGUAAGUUGGAUCUUUCCUAUUCGUCUUAUCUGGAUAAUGAUAAGCUGCUGCCGAGUAGCUUGUUUACUUGCAGAUCGCUCGUGAUCUUGAAAAUUAAAGGCAAGAUUCUCUUGGAUGUUCCUCGAAUGGCUUGUCUUCCUUCUCUGGAAACUUUGCAACUUCAUCGUGUGAUAUACUUCAAUGAAGCAUCUCUUCAACGGCUUCUAUCUAGUUGCCCUGUUCUUAAAGCUUUAUUGGUGAAUUUUUGUGGUUCUGGCACCAUGAGAAAGUUCACCGUUAUUGUCCCGUCUUUACAGAUUUUAUCACUAUAUAUACCUGACGAUGGUGCUUUUGAUGGGUUUGUAAUAGAAACUCCUCAACUGAAAUAUUUCAAACUUAAGGAUUAUAAUGGAGAGAGUCACUACUGUUUGAUUGAGAAUAUGCCUAAGCUGAGAGAGGCAGAUGUUGAUGUUGUGUUCCCUAAUAUCAAGAGUCUUAUCGAAUCAAUAACAUCUAUCAAGCGUAUUACAAUUUGUUCUUUCAAGGCUGUCUACGGCGAGGGUUUAGUCUUCAACCAGCUUCAACAUCUGAAGAUAUGUCUAUGCAGUAACUAUUCAGGGAAUCUCAUUGUCCGGUUUCUCAAACAUUCUCCUAACUUACGAGUCCUAGAUCUCUUCAUAAUGGGAGGUGAUCAUCAACCUACUGAUAUGUUUUCCUGGGAUCAACCAAGUAAUGUUCCUGAAUGUGUGUUGUCAAGUCUACAAAUUUUCAAUUGGUCGGGUUACAAAGGAGAACCAAAAGAGAGAGAUCUUGCAGUAUAUAUCUUGAAAAACGCUUGUCGUUUAAUGACUUUCACAAUCUCGCUUGAAAAUGAUGUUCCAAAACUUGAGAUGCUCAAGGAAUUGGCUCUAUCUUCCAGAGCAUCGACAAUGUGCCAAAUUGCAUUUGUUUAA